GGCUCGUUUCAAUUGGAGUUGAUGUUAUUCACUGUGUGAUACAUGAAUCAGCGUCAAGAGUUAAUCAAACACGGUAAGAGAAGGAGAUUUUUGUAUUCAUCAACAAAAAUGGUGUUUUUGCUUUGAAAAAUAAUCAAAGUUAAAGGAUGACCUUCAAUCACUAAGUGGACAAAGUACAACAGUAAUAUUAACAUCUUCGUAGUGUAAACGUCACUGGCUGGAGUAACAAACGGCUUAAUUAUUUUUUGUGUGAAAACCAGAUAGAGGAAGAGACAGAGAAAACAAUGGCAAUGUUUCCCAGUAGUGAGUUCAUAUCGAUCAAAGAUAUUCGACCAAAUUUAAAGAAUAUCAAUACGGUGUUUAUAAUUUUGGAAGUUGGCGCAGCGACCGUAACAAAAGAGAAUCGAGUUGUGCGAACGUUCAAAGUUGGCGAUCCAACGGCCGUUAUAAAUGUUAGCGUAUGGGAUGAACCUGGAAAUUUAUUGGUGCCUGGCGAUAUAGUGCGAUUAACAAAAGGAUAUGCAGCCAUUUGGCGACAUUGUCUCACAUUGUAUUCGGGUAAAAAUGGUGACAUUCAUAAAGUUGGUGAAUUUUGCAUGAAUUUCAAUGAACAUUUGAAUAUGAGCGAACCAAAUCCGAAUUUAACAACGCCAGUCAAUGCAACAACACAAAAAAAUCAAGCCACAUCAUCAACAGUGCUCAUCAAUAAUGGCACAUCAUCGAAUAGUAGUAAUAAUAAUAGUAACAACAGUAAUAAUGGAAAUUCGGUGACCAUAACACCAACAACAUCGAUACCACCAUCAAUCGCAGCAACCACUACAUCAGGGACUUCAUCAUCAAAUAGCGUUGCGGCAACGGUCAAAACAACCGGAUCAAAUCGUGGUGGUGGCGCAACCACCGGCGAACACAGCAAAACAUCUACAAGUAAGACAACGGCACGAGGAGCUCGAACUAGCCGGAGAUAAUGUAUUUUUCUUAUAGGAACUAAUUUUCAAUCCACACAUACGCAACAUUUAUGUAUAAAUAGUAUUUCUUCUAUUGACUUUUGCACGAAUAACAUAUUAUAUUAUUCAGGUUCUAUUACUUGGUUUCCAAAA